AUGUCCGACGCCGGUCAACCCUCUCCAAACGGUGCAGACAACCCCGCCGCCGCUGGGGGGAAUGAGCAUUUGAACAUAAAAGUGACGGACGGAAAUAACGAAGUCUUUUUCAAGAUCAAGAGGAGUACAAAGCUCGAAAAACUGAUGAAGGCGUUCUGUGAACGUCAGGGAAAAGAUCCCCGAUCUGCCAGGUUUCUUUUCGAAGGACAGAAAGUGCAAGGUCAGGAUACACCGGAGAUCUUGGAGAUGCAAGAUGGCGAUUCGAUCGAAGUUCACCAGGAGCAGAUUGGCGGUGGUGCGUGA